UGCACUACAAUCCAAACAACACCUAUUCUUCCCUUCCAUCACCACCUACACUUUCACAUCACCUCGGCAUGGGCUAUGGAUACCACUGGCGACGAGGUCCAGAAUGCAUUGUCCCUCAUUGAGGACGCGGGGCUGCCACAUCCUUCUGGCCCGCUUCUGGCAUCGUUUAUCACCGAAGCUUUGAGUCCUCCGUUGGCUGCCCGUUAUGUGAAGAGGAGGUUGAUGCAGGGCCAGGGGCCCUCACUGGUGGCUAAUUGGUCUUAUAUCAUCGAAUCGAUUACCCAAAAUGGUUCUGCCCCACCAUUUCCAGGCGCCACGGAGCGGCGGGCUAUUAUUGCACGAGACGGUAACAGGUGCUGUAUCACGGGGAAGCCUGGUACCUUCCAUGAUCCUCUUGUCGUUGUGCCCAUUCUUCGUGUUCCGUCUGGCUGGCUUACGGAUAACGACGAGAUAAACGACAUGCUCGAUGCCUUCUUUGGAACCCCCUACCUGGAUUGGUGGCUGUCUUAUGCCGAAAACCCCAACCAUAUGUCGCCUUGCAGGAAUCAUUGGCUGGUCAGAAAGUCUGCCGCUGACGCAUUUGCACAAGGCCUGGUCAGGUUAGACAGGCUCCAGCCCUCCAUGGUUGAGUACGAACUCAGACAUGUUCUCAUCAAACCGGUGGAGCCGAUUGAGGUCAAUGGCAUGUACCCGUUGUUGGGCGAUCACUCACGCCAGGGCCUCGAGAAAGUAGACCCUCGCUUUAUAGGCACUCAUGCUCGAUUGUGCGACGGUGUUCAAUUUCUGGACAUUUCAAAGGCGACUUCACCCCAAACCCGGCGCCAACUUUUAGCCUUUCGGACCUCCUCAGCACCGAGACAUCUAAGCUCGGCGCUCCUGAAACCUUUGACUGGCUUUCUCAGUCUUGUCUCCGGCGCUUUUCUUACGGCCUGGCGUGCUGCCCCCAGCAGCAUCAGGUUUGCGGCGUAUGGUAUACUGCACAAGCUCGGAAGGCUUGUUUACGGAGCUGAGACCUCAGAGGUCCAGAGACUACCAUUCGGACUGUACUUGAAAUACGGAGAAUCCCCCGAAACCCGGAAUGAAUUCAACGCGCUACGAGUCGUGCGCCAGCGUACAUCAAUCCCGACACCAUCAGCACUGGACGUGGUGCCUUCGCCAACUACGAGCUAUCUUCUCACCACAAGAGUACAAGGUGUGCCCCUCUCGCGUUGCCUGCAUGUGCUAUCGGAUAGGGAUUGUGAUCACAUCGCGACACAAUUGAAAGACUACCUGGCCGAGCUCAAAUUUAUCCCCAUCCCAUUCAGUCCGGACAAAGCCAUAAGUAAUACGCUCGGCGAAGCAUGCAGAGACCGGCGCAUCAGGGGCGCAAUGCCUGUUGGGCCAUUCGCUAACGAGGCAGCAUUCAGCCAAGUCCUGCGAUUCUCUGACGAACCUGCCCGGCGUGGACACAAGAUUGUGUUCACACACGCAGAUCUCAACCCGCGCAAUAUACUGGUUGACCGAGUCACUCUGUCGGAUGGAAGCACCGGCUGGUGCGUGAAGGGCAUUUAUUGGGAAUGCACGAAGGCACUUUUCGAGGGAUUCAGAUGGCCACGGCGGUAUAAUGUUUGGAUUCAGGGUGUGUUCAAUGAGUUUGGCGAUUAUUCUCAAGAGAUCGACGUGGAGAGGCGGAGCUGGGAAUCUGGAGACGCAGUCUGA